AUGAGAGCAGCAAAUGAUCUCUGGUCAGAUAUUCUUGAUGACAUGGAAGAAAGGGGUUGUGUUGGAAAGUCCCUAUCACUGGCAUGUCAAAAUCACCCGACAACCAUAACGCAUGUCAGUAACGACUCUGAUUUCAAGAAAGUUCCAAAUGGUGGAUGUAGUGUCAAUUGCAAAGCGAGAUUGGACUGUGGUCAUAAAUGCGAGCAGCUGUGUCAUCCAACUGAUCCUAAUCAUGAAGAAUACGACUGCAGGAAGCGUUGUCAAAAAAAAUGCCAGCGUGAUCAUCCGUGUAAACGUCUUUGCUAUCAGGAUUGCAAUAAUUGUAUGGUUGAAGUUUCCAAGGUUGUUCCCCGAUGCAAUCAUCUCCUCGGAAUGUCCUGUCAUCAGGAUCCCUCCACUUUUCAGUGUACAAAGCCGUGUCCAAAGAAGCUCCGUUGUGGACAUGCAUGUCCAAAAAAAUGUGGAGAACGUUGUGAAAGAAAAUGCGCUGAAGAGGUUCGCAAAACUUGGUCUUCGUGUAAUCAUACAUACAAAACUCAAUGUCAUAUUGAUCCUACGAAGACUGUGUGCCCGAAACCUUGUAACACUUUACUGAAGUGCGAACAUAUUUGUACAG